AUGAAGCCUGUUUUACCAUUAACAACUGCUAUGUUGAAAGUUCACAACUACAUGGAUAUGCUUGUUAAUGGUUAUUAUCAGUCAAGUUCGCCACAUGAUAAACGUGAACUUAAUCAAGCAUUGGCCAGAUUUCUCUUCUCCAAAGAUCCAGAAUCACGAUCUGCUGCCAAGAUGAAUUUAUUGCAAAACUUAAGAUUUGAAGAAGAUCUCAUACAAGUUAUUCCCGAUGAUUUUUGUAUCCUUCCCAAGCACAUGGUGAAAUUGUUGGCACUUCCUAAUAAUGUUGGGUAUGAUGAAGAGAACUACAAAGAAAUUUACGGGAUAUUCAAGAAUCCAAAAACUAUUAACAAGGAAAACGUUACAUCGCUUCUCAUUCAGCUGAGUGGUCUUAUGAAUUCAAGAGAACUUUGUCACAAAUCACACGAUGAUAACAUUUGGAUUUAUUUUACGGCUAACUUGGAUUUGGAUGCACCAAAUGAAUCCGUCGUUCGAAAGCUGACAAUCAACAUUUUAUAUAAAUGGGCAGUUGCAUCACAUCAUUUCGUUGCUACAUUGCAAGCAAUGCUUCGGUUCUUGAAUUUCUGA